AUGAUCACUAGGUCCAGAACAGGCUCCUUACGACCCAAAGCCUUCCCAGACUUUCAGCUCUACCAUACUAGUGUCUCUGAUUGUGAACCAAGAACCUAUAAGCAAGCUGCCACUGAUUCUAGAUGGAUGGAAGCAAUGCAGCAAGAAUAUGAUGCCUUGAUCUCGAAUGGAACAUGGACUCUCUGUCCAAGACCUCUCCACCACAAUGUAAUUCGAAACAAAUGGGUGUUCAAAAUUAAGAGAAAGGGUGAUGGCACAGUGGAAAGGCUGUUAGGCUUUCAAGGCUCUCUGGUUGAUACAUCUUUAUUUAUCUAUCUUCAAGGUCAGAUUCAGAUCUACAUGUUCGUUUAUGUGGAUGAUAUUAUCAUCACAGGCACUCAUCCUCAUAUCAUCUCUGAUAUUAUUGUUAAACUGCAAUCUGAAUUUCCACUAAAAGACCUUGGUCCUUUGAGCUACUUUCUUGGUAUACAGGUUACCAGAGAUGCAUCUGGUCUACACAUCUGUCAAACCAAGUACAUCACAGAGUUACUACACAAGACACAAAUGGAUGGAGCCAAACCCUCAAAAUCUCCCUGCACCUCUGGAUCCAAACUCUCCAGAUUAGAUGGUGAGACAUUGUCUGAUCCUCCACCUUAUAGACAAGUGGUUGGGGGCACUACAGUACUGCACACUUACCAGACUAGAAAUAGCCUAUUCAGUCAACCAAUUGUGUCAACAUAUGCAUGCACCAUCGACCACUCACUGGAUUGCUGCCAAAAGAGAUGUCCAGAUCAUCGCAGGUCUACCACGGGGUUUGCUGUAUUCUUGGGAGAAUGUCUAAUAGCCUGGAGUGCCAAGAAGCAGGUUGUAGUCUCCAGGUCAAGCACUGAAGCUGAAUACCGCUCUCUUUCCAUCACCAUUGCAGAAUUGUUUUGGAUACGCAUAUUGUUCUAA